CCAAAACCCUUGAUAUCCUUUUUUUCCGCUCCCGGGGGGGCGUAUUUAUUUACUUUACUUUUGUAGAAUCGGUUUUCAUGUCGGAGCUUCCCGUACUAGAUCAAGGACGUCACUGGGUUUUCAACUGAACUUUUGCAAAAUGGGGAUGCCCAUGAAGUAUUUUGAGUUACGAUGAUAUUUGAUACCGGCUUUUGAAGUAUCAAAGCCCUGACUAACUUCGUUAUUUGCAUUUCAAUCCGGGCUAAAAGUGCUAAAGUCGGCUCAAUUUUGCCGGGAACUGCUCAAAUGACGCGUCCUGGAGGCAGUUCCGGGGCUUGGGGACGGGGGUUGCAUUUCGCAAGAAGUGUUUGAAGGAGUUUCGUGGUGCUGAUGAAUCGAUAAAAACGAGUUUAAUCGGUGCGUAGUCUCGGGAACAAGGGCGGGUCAAGCCCCAUGUGUGCUUUCCUUGGUGCUGGAAGAGGAAUUUUCCUUGGGUGAAGAGUACUGAGUGCGGCGAAAAGGCACACGCUGCUGUUCUUCCCACCAUUGGCAGCUGAGCGACCAGCGUUCCGUUGAAUAUCCCGUCAUGAGUGGGGAGUUGAUAGUCAUGGCGUACCCGUUCCAGGCAGUCAGCGUUCGUAGAAACAUGUCCCCGUUUUAGCAUGUGUGCCGAAUCCGGGGUGAAAAGUUGGUGAAAAUCGCGGGGAAAGGGUCGAGGUCCUGUUUGAGAGUGCGGUUUUGAGGGGAUCACGAUGGCGGACUCGCGGCUGGUUAAUUUCAUUACGUGCUGCAGACUGUGCUUGUCGGACAGUGUGGACGAUCUAAAGUCGGUUUUUGAUGAAAGUGUAGACGAUCGGGGGUUACAGCAGAAGAUUUCGGCCUGUUUGGGAGUGGAGAUAACAUCCGACGAUAAACUCUCCACGAUGGUCUGCCUCCAGUGUAUCGAAAAAAUCAACAAUUGGCAGUCCUACAAACUCACAUGUUGCGAGAAUCAAAACAAACUAGAACAAUGGAUAAACACGUCCAAUCCCGAGCUAUCCCUCUCAGACAUGAACAUCCAAAUCAAGGAAGAACCCAUCGAUAACGACAUCCUCACACCGGAAGUCGUCAUGAACGGCGAGAUCCCCGUCAAAAACGAGCCCAUGGAAGAAGAAUACAACGAACUCCCGCCACCCCUAACCCCCCAAGCCGAUGACAUGAUCGACGUCGAACUCGUCACAAACUCCCCAUCUUCCCUAACCACCGGCACCGAUGAGCCAGGUAACGCAUACGAUCCAAAAAAAUGUAGCUUUUGCGGCAAGUUGUUCAGCUCGUCGGGCAACCGCAAGAAACACGAACGGAAAAUGCAUGGCCCUAGAAAAACCCACUCGGUUACCCAAUCCGACAACGGUUCGUUGAGUCAGGACGAGGAGAGGUCGCAAAGCUCGGUCGAUUCCCAGCCCCCGAGCGAACCGCCACCGAAGGAACCCACAAGCGAGGAGAAAAAAAUCCUGUUUGCUGCAGGUCUUAAACUGCUGCAGCGCAACUCCACCCCGCCCAUAGCCUUCGAAAAUUUGUCGAAAAUUGAAAAUAGCUACAUCGAGAAAUGCAAGGCUAUGGUGACCAUGCACAACACCCUCAAGUGUGCGUGCCACAACGUCACGCAUCCGAACCUGAAGGGGCUGCUGUCCCACUUGCGUUCGCUGCGGAUUUGGUUCCCGGUUUUCACUUGUUACCACUGUAUGAUCACGUUCACGGACAGAUCGACGGGCACAAAGCACUAUCUCCGGUGUCCAAAGUCGAAUUUAGAAACUCUGAUUAAAUUAUCCAAUUUGAAGAAGCGGAGCGAAGUCAAGACGCGACUUUACCAGAACUACAAAUGCACGAUUUGUCGCUUCAUGUACACUUUCCACGAGGAUUUCUGCACUCAUGUUGACGAAGACCACAGCCAUAUCAGCCUACCGUACACUUGCUCCUGCGGGCGCGUGUUCACCUCCCUGGAGGACUACAAGGACCAUGCUUACAUCAGCUGUCUGGUCGAGUUCUACUGUGAUGUUUGUUUUGUUACUGUUAAGACUUUGGACGCGUUCCAAAAACACGCCGCUGAGGUGCAUGACAAUUCGGAGGGUUUUGUUCUACUCCAGGAGGAUAAUUACAAGAGGAGGAAGAGCUCUCCCGGAGCGACGCAGACGAGGCAGAGUGUUAAGCGGGAGCAUACGGACGAGCGUAAUAUUAUUUCGGGGAAGAGGAGGACGUCCUACAAGCCCCCGAUUAUCGACCCUGAGGACGAUGAGGACACUAAGGUACUUAACCCGUUGUUCAAGCACAAGUUGGGAGGGACGGUUUGUCCGAUCUGCAACAAGGAAUACUCGACUAAUAACAACAUGUGGCGGCACUACAAGACCCACGUUCAGGAUAAGAAGGAAGAGGAGUUUGAUGACUCGAUUUAUUGUUGUCCCGACUGUGGCGGGAUGUUCAGUACCGCCGAAUGGGAGAAGCACAAGGGGAUGCACAAGAAGAAAACGUGCAAAGAGUGCGGGAAGAUCUUCCAGUUCCAGUCGGAGCUGGACCAGCACAGGAGCGUCCACCUCAAUUUGAAACUGUACAGAGACUCGAAAACGCAAAACUACAAGAGCACGAUGGCUAGCCCCACCAACGAGCUCAAUAACAUUGUUAUGAUGUGCGAGAUUUGUGAUAGAAUGUUCACCUCGAAGGAGCAGUUGAAAGAACACAAACUGACUCACGAGACCAUGCCCGUGCUGGAAUCGAGCGUGCCCACAAACGGCGAAGAGAACAAAACGAAGAAGUACCGUUGCAAGAUCUGUGAUAAGCAAUAUGCAGGUUAUGGCGGUCUGUGGGACCACAACAGGAAGAAGCAUCCGGACCACAAGUCGCCCCAAAGUCACGAGUUCCCAAAGAAAUGCGAAUACUGCGAUAAGAUUUUCUACACGGGUGGUUCGUACUUCAUGCAUCGACAGAUGCAUGAGCGGAACAACCAGAAGAAAUUGGAAGCGCCGCAGCUCCAACCGGCCACCAAUGACGAGGAGCCGAACGAAGAAGACCCCGAAGAGUCCUACCAUACGUGCAAACGCUGCUUUAAGGUGUUCUCAAACCGGUGCAACCUCAAGAACCAUAUGAAGAGUCACGGCAUUAGCACCAGCCCCAGCACGAAGAGCCCCAAAAAGGGGGCGAAGAAAGUCUGGUGUGACAUUUGCCACUGUGCUUUCGAAAACACAGCAAGCUUGGAGAGACACAAGUCUGAGGACCACGCCGAUGAUGGAAUGCCGGCGCUUUCGGACGACCAAAGCGAAGUCGACUUGAAGACCCCCUUCGUCUUCACGUGCGACGUUUGCGUGCAAACCUUCACCACGAAAAUCGCCCUGAAGAAGCACAAGGAGAAGCACGCACGUGAGGUGCGACCCGUGAUGAAGAACAAACCGCUGGUGUAUUGCAAGUACUGCAAAAUAUCCUUCGCCAAUCCCUUCCAGCUGACCAACCACAUGAACGAGGAGCACAUGGAGGACUGCAAGCCGCCCCCGAAGAAGGAGAAGACCAAGCAGUUCGUGUGCAAGAUCUGCGGCAAGAACUUCACGACGGCCUCCGCCUUGUACGCGCACCAAGGGUGGCACAAGCGCGGCAAAUUCGAGAGUGAGGACAAGCCGGAGUCGCCGGUGCCUCGGAUUAAGGAGGAACCAAAGACAGAGACGCACUUCGAGUGCCGGACGUGCAACGCAGUGCUGCCGAAUGACACGGCGCUGCAGAUACAUAUCCUGGAGAAGCACCGGAAUGUGAACGCGACGGUGCUGCCGGCCAGGUGUACGAUGUGCAACCUGGAUUUCAACUCGCAGGAUGAGUACGACCAGCAUAAGCGGUUCCAUGCCAUGGUUGAGAAGCAACCCAAGGCGAAAACCUGGGCUUGUACGCAGUGCCCGGCCGGGUUCAGUCGGGCGGAUAUGUUGAAGAUGCAUGUUAAGCAGUUUCAUAAGGAGGUGAAGGAGUACCGGUGCCAUCACUGUGACCGGGUGUUCGAAAAGGGGAAUUCGUUGAGUAUUCAUUUGAAGGUGCAUGAGAAGCAGAAGUUGGUGUCAGGGGGGAAGGCGUCUCCGGUGCCGGUUAGUAAGAGCACGAAGGCUUUGUACUCGUGUUCGAUUUGUAAUAAAGGGUUUGAUUUGCCCAAAGAUCUGAGGAUGCACACCAUACAGGCGCAUCCGUUCUGACGUAUAUUGUAUAAGUAGGAUUUUAUAUAAGUUUAUGAUCAGUUGUUGAUUUAAGAUAAUUAUUUUUUGCACUUUAUUUAACUUCAAACUGUUAUUGGUAACGAUUGUUUCUCAUUGUCUGUGCCUAAGAACUGUAAAUAUAUUUAGAUUAAAACAUGAUGUAGGAUGUAGGUAUUUUUUACAAUAAAUAUGUCUGUUUACAAUGGA